UGACUGGAAUUUAUUUCAGUUUAAUAAUAACUUAAGCUUAGGCACCUGGUUUUGACAAAAGUGGCCUAAACUCCUACCCAGUGAGCUGCCCUGAAGCCCACUGCAUCUGGUUCCUGUCAGCACUCCAGAGAUGUCACUUCUCUGCAGCCAGCAGGAGGUGCUGCUCUUGGCAGUGUGUGUGGGAGGGACGAAUUGGGGGACACAGUGGGAUGCCUUUGAAUGUCAUGCAUUAAUGGGAAUCACAGGGCAGGGGCUUGGGAGAUCUGGCCCAUCAGAUAGCAUGGGGGCCAAAGCACAGCUAGCUUUCAUUUGCCAGUCCACUGCUCAUCCUGGUUAGGACUGUAUAAACACUUUGGCUGUGGGCAAGAUGAAUCAAACUGGUGGAACAUGAACCGCUUCCCUGUCUGGCCUGUUGUGCUCUGUUCCAUUAGGUCGCUUUCCCAGGACCCCUGAAGGCUGGCCACAGCCCGAGAGCAGGGGAGGUACAAACUGCUUCCCCUUGGUUCCUGUGCUGGCCCCAGACGACAGGGACUUAGUGCCCCUCAGGCCUGGGGCUUGGCUUCACAGGUAACACAGCUGAUGUCUCCACUACAGCUGUGCCGCUGCAGCUCGGGGCUUUGUACGUUGCCUGAAGGGGUUUUUCUGUCAAUAUAGUUAAUCUACCUCUCUGAGAGGCAGCAGCCAGGUUGACAGAAGAAUCCUUCCCGUAGGCCCAGCUGCACCUCUGUGGGGGUCAGGUGGGCCUACUUACAUCACACAGGGCACACUCUUGUUCACAGCCCUGAGCCAUGUGGCUGGGGCGAUCUAAUUUUGAGGUGUGGACCAGGCCUCAGAAACAACACACAGCUCAGCCCGAGCUCCCUCCCUGAGCCUGGCAUCCCUGAGCUUUCCCUCGGGGCACUCCUCUCUGCCAGCCCCUAGUUCCCUCUCCUCAGAGGGCUGCUGUGUUUCCGUGGCACCCUGCCUGCCACGGUGCUGCUGCUGGCUCCCAAGCCUGUCUGUGGCUGCAGUAUCUUCAUUUCCUCUGGGUCCUGUGCCACACUGUCCUGUUCCUUUCCUCUUCAAGCCGGACCAGCAAGCCCCGCAGGUUCCACCGAGCCUCUUCCUCCACACCUUCCAGCUUCCACCCAGGCCACAGUGCUCCCCGCCUGCCUGUCCUCCAGCGCUCUGCCCCCAGUGACGGGGGCCCACCCUUGCCCAGGGCAUGUGUGCCUGUUCCUGCUGGGGAUGGGGGGCUACAUGUCACUUGCUGCCCCUCCUGCACCAGAGGCUCCAGACUCUUUGUUUUGAGCAAUGACGAGGAGUGUGGUGAGCUGCUCGGCUUGGCGAGGGCCGCAGCCCUCUCUAGGGGAGGCGAUGCCCCUUUCUGGCUGUGAGAAAGCAUGGGAGGGGACCCCUGUCCUGUCCUGCAAACGGUACCUUCAACAGUUUGUGGUUCCAGAAAGGAAGGGGCCAAAGCUAGGUGGGGGGAGAUGGGAAAGUGGGGUAAGGUUGUUGGUAGCAGCAUUCCUGGAGGUUUCAUCACAUGACAUAAUCUUUAAUUCCGGGGGGGGGGCUCCCGGACAAUAUUGGAGAGUUGGCCACCCCAAACCGGGGGCAGGGGGGCUGAGGAGGCAGAAAAGAUGCAGGGGGCUGUUCCAGAGGCCAGGGUGCAGCCCCCCCCCCGGGAGGCUGGAGCAAGGAGGGCAGUUUGGGGGUGGCGUGUCCACAUGGACCCCACCCGUCUGUCCUUCAUCCCCUGAAAAGCGGAGACUCCCGCUUCUCCCCCAUCACCUCCGGGUCUCCACCACCUUCAAGGCCGGGGCUGUUUUCUUGAGCGGCAGCUUUGCCUGAGCCAACGUCGGGUCGCGCCAGCCCCGCCGAGGGAAGCGCAUCCGAUGGGCAGGCGGCUUCCAGGAGCUCCCCCGGUCCGCUCCGUCUUUCAGAUGCUACAGAGCCGACAGCUCCGUGCGAGGGGAGCCCGGCCCGGCCCAGGGCUGCAACAUCGCUGCGCAGCGUCUGGGGGCUGGGAAGGGCGGCAGCUCUGCGCCCAGCUCGCCGGGCGGCACCUGUCCCAGCCGCUCCCCCGGCCCCGGCUGCUGCCGGCGCCUGCACCCCCCGCCCGCGGCGGGCCCCGCCCCGCCCCGCUCCGCUCCGCGGCGAUGCGGCGCCGGCUGGGCAGCGGGGCGCUCGGCGGCGGGCGCUGAUCCCGCAGCUCGGCCAUGCGUGCCGGCGCCGGGGCGGUGCUGCGGGGACCCGCAGGCUGCGGCUCGGCCUGACGCGGCGCCUAGCUCCCCGGCGGCGGGUCCGACGCAGCCCGGCCGGAUGGAGGCUCCCGGUGGGGCGGGGACCCCAGAACGGGUUAAAGAGGCCCAAACGCUGGAGCGAGCUGCAGGUAUCCCGGCACAUGGGCCGGUGGAGGAGCCUCCCAGCCCCCCUGCCGAGGAGCAAGGCGGGAUCCCCAUCCCCAGCUCGGGCCUGCUGCAGGUUGCUGAACGGAGACAGCCCCUGAGCAGCGUUUCCUCCUUGGAGGUGCACUUCGACCUGCUGGAUCUGACCGAGCUGACGGACAUGUCGGACCAGGAGCUCGCCGAGGUCUUCGCUGACUCCGACGACGAGAACGUAGCCAGCGAGUCCCCUGCUGGGCUGCACCCACCCCCCCUUCCUCGGGCAGGGUACCUGCGAUCCCCCUCCUGGGCAAGGACCAAAGGCGAGCAGGGGCGGGAGAAGAAACACCUCAGUGACUCGGAGCUGCAAGCAGGCAUCGUAGACACUUUCCUGGCAGUGGAGAGGCCCCAGGAGGACUAGGAGGCUGGGAGCCAUGGUGGGAUCCGAGCCAAGGUGCCGAGCCAGGAGUGUUCGCUCUUGCACUUACCCCCAAUUCCAGACAGUUUGUGACCUUAACAGACCCCUACGCCUAGAGAGACGAGCAAACCCUGCUGGCUCCAUGUAACGCAAAGCUCCCCCCUUAGUGCAGCCGUAGCGUGUGGAUCAGCUGGGCCAGGGCACUGGCCAUGCUGGGCAAGGAAUUCCAGCGAGGAGACAGAUCAUCAGCACACUGUCUUAGCACUUUUUUAACCCUUUCUUGCUCAUUCUAUACAAAACCUGGCCAGGCCGGCAGCAGCAAGAGCAGGGCCUAGGGCCAGGAGAGAGCCCGGCUGCACGGAAGGGAAAAGCAGGUUUGGAGAGAAUUGCGUCUUUCUGGAGAAAAGCCCUCCAGCUGCAGGCAGAGUUGGGGGUGGGGGGAAGCCCCUGUUCUUCCCCCAGGGCAGCAGGGAGGCAACGUCCAUGCUGGUUCUUCCCCAAUGAAGUGCUGUAGCUCAGAGCAGAACCCAGCCGGCCAAGGUGGGAUUUAGCCAUUACUUGCUAGAAGCACAUUCUUGUCCCUGUGGCUUUACACCUGUACAGGCUUUAGCUCCGGUGUAAGAGCAGCACUGCUGGAGAUGCCAACCCGGGAACAGCAGCCCGUGCUCAUGUCCCAUUGUGAGCCUGCACAAGGAACUCUGCAGUGGGACUGGCUUGUGUUAACUCACGUGGCUGCGAGGAACCCAUGGGGUCGGGGGCAGUUGGACAGACGUCUUUCUGCGGUCAAACCAGACUAGGCUGAAGCGAGCUGGAGCAUGGGAACAUGAGCUCGACUGCACAGAUCCUGCUGGAGGGGGCCCUGGGGCGAGGCAAAAGGGGCUGUGUUUACCUGAUCCUUUCACCACUGGCACAAGCUGCUUCGUGCUAAGGAGCAGAACGGAGUUGAGGGGACCUGGAGAGGAACGGGACCCAUGCUGUGCCCAGAAAACAAGGGGGGCUAAGCUGGAUGUCCUGUCCCCUUGAAACCUCAGCCCCACUUGAAUUGUUGCCACUCUCCUAGCCCCUGCUGUCCACCUGGAAUCUGGCACGUUACCAAACUUUUCCUACCUCCUCCUGGGGGUGGAGUUAGCCUGUUGAAUGCCCCUACGACCCAAUCUCACUAAGACCAGCUGUUAUGCAGCGGGAGCCGGACGGUGCUAGAACGUCUUUGCAGGCUCCCCUCACAACUGCUGCUGUCCAUCCCGCCGAGCCCCCGGGGCCGUCUAGUCUUCAUCUCCUCCCUUGUUCAGAGCACCAAAUAAUGCCAAGGCUGCCCCAGUAGCCACGGCAACUUUCUUAAAAGACAGUUACAAAGGAGGGAUGGGGAGGGGGCAGGUCUUCCCCUCCUUCCACCCUCCUUUGGUUAAACUGGGGAAUCCUCAUUUUCUGCCAUUGUGGAGAAGAAACUCUCCUGCUGAACUAACGUCUCUUGCCUCACUGUAGCGUUGGGCGUGUGGCUGCCUUCUGUCCCCGUGGUUCUGUGUGCGCAGUAGUGUCUUGGCCGGGGCUAUGUUGUCCUUUCCCGUCUGAGAAGCAGCACUGGUGGCUCUGCUUAGGACCCCUGGCCCCUUGAACCUUGCAGGCUGCAGUUAGUGGCCAGCUGGCAACGUAGCCUGGCUUGGAGGCUAUGUUCACAAGAGGGAAAGGAGACAACACAGAGGUGGCCAGCACAACCAGUCACAUACAGCUCUCUGCAAAGCUCAUCUUUAGUGCACAACAGCAGCAUUGUGAAGUGAGAACAGUAACAGUUGGCGAGGGGAGAACCAGUCUGUCAAUGGAUUUGAAAUAAUUAGGGCCCUACCAACUUCAUGGUCCAUUUUGGUCAAUUUUGCAGUCAGGAUUUAAAAAAAAAAAAUCAAUUUCAUGAUUUCAGCUGAAAUUUAAAUCUGAAAUUUCAGUGUUGUAAUUGUAGGGGUCCUGACAAAAAGGAGUUGUGUGUGUGUGUGUGUUGGGGGGGGGGGUUGCAGUACUGCUACCUUUAGUUCUGAACUGCUGCUGGUGGCAGCGCUGCC